AUGGAACCUUCAACUCCAAACCUGAGCGCAAAACCCAUAAAGAAACGAAACCGAUCACUCCACUUCAUCUCCAACAAGGACGCGAGAAAAGCUAGUUUAAAAAAGAGACAACCGACUCUCAAACUUAAAGCUCAACAACUUUCAACACUAUGUGACGUCCCUGUUUGCUUGUUGUGCUUUGAUCCAGACGGUAAGCUUGAUACAUGGCCAGAAAACCAAGCGCAGGUGAGAGAAAUCAUUAUGAAUUACAAGAAUAGUAUUGAUCCUGAUGAUCGGGCAGGAAAAGGGAGUGAACACAUGGAUCUUUUGUCUUUCUUGGAAGCCAAGAAGAAAAGGCUUGAAGAAGAGAAGAACGAGAUUAAUAGACUGAAGGAGACAGAUAGUAGUUGGGAUCACAGGCUUGAUGAAUUGCCGGAGGCAGAGUUGAUUAAUCUGGUUGGUCGCUUGGAUUCCACCCUGCAAAGAUUGAGAGAAAGAAGAGAUCACUUGCUUCAUAACAAUAAUCAUCCAUCUGAUAAUUUUACAGUAACUGGGUGUAAUGAGAAUCUGGGUAGCCUGCAAAGUUUUGGUUCAGCGUAUGAGAAUAUCAACAAUGGCGGCUCUGGUUAUAAUUUUGUUCCCAGUGGCGAUAUGCAGGUGAUGCUUGAAUACCAGUCGAUGGUAACGCCAUUGCAUGAAGCUUUGCUGCCUUUGUUUCCUAAUAAUCCGGCAAUGCUAAUGAUGCCGCCUCGAGCAGCUUUGCCACCAUUGUUUCCUAAUAAUCCAGCGACGCUAAUGGCGCCUCCUCAAGCCGCUUUGCCACUUUCAUGGUGGCCGCCGCAUGCAGCAGGAAACUAA